GGGAAUUAAGCUCCAGUCGACGAAGACCUCCAGAUGCUCGACAUGCGACUAAUUCUCGUGGUCCUCGUCAUUUUCGCGAGAUCCGUUUUUUCCAAGUUUUAUGAAAAAACAAGGUUUGACAGAUCAUUAGAUGGUAAUGACAUUUCGCCAGACGAUGUUAAUUAUUCAAGUUCUUUGAGUUUCUCGGAUCGUCACACGAAUUUCAUUGCCUAUAAAGAUGAGAUACAAAACACGUGUUAUCUCGAAAGAGCAAAGCGGGAUUUUUCACCUGGUGAAAAUUUCUUCAAAGACAUAUACAAAAGUAAACCGAGAACUGUAUUCGUUUCAAAUCAAAUUUUAGACAAGUCGGAGGUUGAGAAAAUUGCAGGAAAGCGGAUAGUAGAUUUUUGCCAAGAUGCUUCAAUAAUAUUAUUAGUGGAUCGAAGAUCAAAUUUAAUAAAAGAAGAAAAUAUUGAAUUUGAAGAGAAAAAGCAUGUGGAUGAUCCUGAAUUAUUUCAAAAUCGUUUGAAGAGAAAUGUAUUUGGAAAACAACGUUUAGUCCAUAAAAAACGAAAGACUCGACAAACAAAUCCUUUUCGUGGACGUUUCCGAGGUCAGACUCAAGCCCAGUACAUGAGUUCAAAUACUAAUGGUCCAAAAGAUGGUAAAGCAGAAGCUGAAGCUACUCAACAAUCCUCUCGUGCUAUUGUCAGCGGUAGCAAUGGGAUGGGUCAGGCGCAAAGUAUGUCAUCCGGAGGGACUGGAUGCGAAGGGUGCCCUGGAUUUCCUACAGGACCCGCGGGGGGAGUCACUGGUCCUGGAGGGGUUUAUCACGGUGGUGUUCAUAAGCCUGGGGGUCCUGGAAUUUUAAUGCCACCAUACCCACCGGGUUCUGAAACUUAUCCCGGUGGGAGAAUUCCAGGUCAAUUGCGACCUGGAGAAGGACUUACUUAUCCUGGUGGUUCAAUUCCAGGAACUGUUCCGGGACAAACGGGAGUUUCGUAUCCUGGUGCUACAAUUCCAGGAACAGUUCCGGGACAAACGGGAGUUUCUUAUCCGGGUGGUGUUAUUCCUGGAGGAAUGCCAGGAGGUGUUCCUGGUCAAAUGAUUCCAGGCGCAGGUCCUGGAACUUAUCCUGGUGGAAUGAUUCCAGGAGGUCAAACAGGAAUAACAGGAAGAGGACCAGGAACUGGGGGUGUUACUUAUCCUGGUGGUAUGAUACCAGGACGACCGGGAACCUAUCCCGGACAAAUUCCUGGUGGAACGUAUCCUGGAGGAACUACUGGACCAACAGGUGGGGUACCAGGACCUGGAGGGGCCACUUAUCCAGGUGGGGCUGUACCUGGUGCACGACCUGGAGGAACGUAUCCAGGAGGACAAACGGGACCUGGAGGGGUUACCUAUCCUGGUGGGGCUAUACCUGGUGCUCGACCUGGAGGAACGUAUCCAGGAGGACAAACGGGACCUGGAGGGGUUACCUAUCCUGGUGGGGCUAUACCUGGUGCUCGACCUGGAGGAACAUAUCCUGGAGGACAAACGGGACCGACAGGGGGAGUUCAAUAUCCCGGCGGAAUGAUUCCAGGGCGACCGGGAACUUAUCCGGGACAAAUGCCUGGUGGAACGUAUCCUGGAGGAACUACUGGACCAACAGGUGGGGUACCAGGACCUGGAGGGGUCACUUAUCCAGGUGGGGCUGUACCUGGUGCACGACCUGGAGGAACGUAUCCAGGAGGACAAACGGGACCUGGAGGGGUUACCUAUCCUGGUGGGACUGUACCUGGUGCACGACCUGGAGGAACGUAUCCAGGAGGACAAACGGGACCUGGAGGGGUUACCUAUCCUGGUGGGUCUGUACCUGGAGCACGACCUGGAGGAACGUAUCCCGGAGGACAAACGGGACCAACAGGUGGAGUUCAAUAUCCCGGCGGCGCAGUGCCAGGUCAAACAGGAACUUUCCCAGGAACCUAUCCAGGAGGACAGACCGAACCAACUAGAGGAGUACCAGGAACAGGGGUGACUUAUCCCGGUGGUGUUAUUCCAGGUGGAACGUAUCCAGGUGGAGCAGUACCUGGGCAAACAAUUCCAGGUACUGGUGUUUCGUAUCCCGGUGGAGUACCACCUGGCCAAACGAUUCCGGGUACAGGAGUUUCUUAUCCGGGUGGAGCAGUUCCUGGGCAAACAAUUCCAGGUACUGGUGUUUCGUAUCCCGGUGGAGUACCACCUGACCAAACGAUUCCGGGUACAGGAGUUUCUUAUCCGGGUGGAGCAGUUCCUGGGCAAACAAUUCCGGGAACUGGUGUAUCAUAUCCUGGUGGAGUACCACCCGGCCAGACGAUUCCGGGUACAGGAGUUUCUUAUCCGGGUGGAGCAGUUCCUGGGCAAACAAUUCCGGGAACUGGUGUAUCAUAUCCUGGGGGAGUACCACCUGGUCAAACAAUUCCGGGUACUGGUGUUUCUUACCCUGGUGGAGCAGUACCCGGUCAAACAAUUCCGGGAACUGGUGUAUCAUAUCCUGGUGGAGUACCACCCGGCCAGACGAUUCCGGGAACAGGAGUUUCAUAUCCGGGUGGUAGUGUUCCAGGACGACCUGGAAUGUAUCCUGGACAAACUGGAGUUGGAGGAACAUAUCCUGGUGGUGCCAUACCAGGACAAACUGGACCUACCGGACAAGGAUAUCCUGGAGGUGUUGUUCCAGGUCGUACGACGAUUCCUGGAACUUAUCCUGGUCAAACUGGUGUUGGAGGAACAUAUCCUGGUGGAGCAAUACCGGGACAAACUAUUCCAGGAACAGGGGUUAGCUAUCCUGGUGGAGUGCCGCCUGGUCAAACGAUUCCUGGAACAGAAGGUGUAUCAUAUCCUGGAGGAACAAUGCCUGGGCAAAUGAUUCCAGGAACGGGAGGAGUAUCUUAUCCUGGUGGAGUACCACCUGGACAAACAGUUCCAGGAACUGGUGUUUCAUAUCCUGGUGGAGUACCACCUGGUCAAAUGAUUCCGGGAACGGGAGGAGUUUCUUACCCUGGUGGAGUGACACCUGGACAAACAAUCCCUGGAACAGGAGGAGUAUCUUAUCCAGGUGGAGCAGUACCUGGACAGACAAUUCCCGGCACUGGAGCAUCUUAUCCAGGUGGAACAGUACCUGGCCACACAAUUCCGGGAACAGGCGGAGUUUCUUAUCCAGGUGGAGCAGUACCUGGUCAAACAGUUCCAGGCACUGGUGUUUCUUAUCCUGGCGGAGUACCGCCUGGUCAAACUAUCCCUGGAACGGGAGUUUCUUACCCCGGUGGUGCUUAUCCUGGUGGCGCAGUACCUGGACAGACAAUUCCAGGAACAGGAGUGACCUAUCCAGGUGGAAUGCCAGGUUGUGUCAAUAAUAUUUGUCCACCUGGACAAACGGUACCAGGCGGGACUUAUCCGGGAACUUAUCAGCCAGGUGGAAUUACUGGUCCGGGAGGAGUGCCAGGAACCGGAGUUGGCACACAUCCAGGGGGCGUUAUUCCAGGCAGAUCGCCAGGCAUUUAUCCUGGACAAACUGGUCCUGGAGGUCCUUCAUAUCCCGGCGGUGUUGUUCCAGGAACUUAUCCGGGUGGUUCGAUUCCAGGAGGGGUUCCUGGAACUGGUACAAGCGUUCAAUAUCCUGGUGGCGUUCAACCUGGUGGAAUUCCAGGAACGGGUCAAGUUUAUCCAGGAGGAACUAUUCCAGGUUCAAUGGUUCCUGGAACUUAUCCAGGUGGCGCUGUUCCUGGCACAUAUCCUGGAGGUGUACCAGGAACUUAUCCUCGUGGCUACCCAACGGGUGGUGGUCCUGGAACUCAACCGGGAGGUGUUCCCGGCGGAACAACUGGAUAUCCAGGGGGCGUUGUGCCAGGUGGUACCCCUGGAUAUCCUGGAGGAAUUGUGCCGGGAGGUACUCCUGGAUAUCCUGGAGGAGUUGUACCAGGAGGUACUCCUGGAUAUCCUGGAGGAGUUGUGCCGGGAGGUACUCCUGGAUAUCCUGGAGGAGUUGUGCCGGGAGGUACCCCUGGAUAUCCUGGAGGAGUUGUACCAGGAGGCACAGUAAUUCCUGGAAGACCGGGCACUACUUAUCCGGGUGGCGUUGUACCUGGAGGACAAGUUUAUCAACCUGAGGGAUAUCCAGUUGAUGAUGGAUCAGAUUCACACGCACUCAGUUCAGUGAAGCAGAGCGAGAGUGGAACGCACGCGAGUGCAUCAGCCCAGGGUAAAUAUGGCACAGGCUCUGCUCAGUCGCAAGUAAGUGGAACAUAUACUGGUGGUGGGUCAUUUUCCGCGCAAGCUGGCACUCAGGACGCGAAUAAGAGCGCUCAAACGCAAGUGAGCGGUGGUAAAGAAGGCGCAGUCAGCAGUGCCCAAGGAUCCGGUGGUCUUGGCAAAAGCCAAGUGCAAGUUCAAUUGAAUUCCGAUUCCGGAGCAACGUCAACGAACGCCCAAAGCGGUGGAUGGAAUCACGGUACGAAUUCUCAAGUCCAAGCCAGUUCCAAGGGUGGAAUGGCAGACGCCCAAGCGAAUGGCGAAGGUCAAACCUUCAGUCAGGCUCAAAUCGGUUUUCAGCCCUACAUGAAGACUGACGAGAAGCCAGAGAAAAAUUCGAAACCCUUCAGAGGCGGUGGCACAGCCUCAGCCCAAAGUGGCACUUACCGUGGACAAUCUCAAUCACAAAUCGAAGGCUCCUUCAAAUACGGAAUCACGUACACGGGAGCAGCUCAAGCUGGAUCAGGAUCCGGAGCAGCAGCCGCCAGGAAACCCUUCAACUUCUCCGAUUCGAAUUCGGAUUUCUUUAAGAAAACCAAACCCUAUGUUCCGCCGGCAAUAAGUGACGAUAGAACUGACAACACACCUCCACCGCCGGAGAAUGAUUACGAUCUAGAUGAUCGACAAGGUCUACAGACAAGUUCGAGUUCGAGGAAAACUGUCGUCGCCACUCUGUCGAAGUCGAUGAGCAAUAAAGCGGAAAAGAAGUCACACAAGACGGAAAAGAAUUAUGAUAACGAUGAUAAUGAUGACGAUUACGAGGACUACGAAGACGAAGAGUUUAAUUAUACAGGAAGAAGCAAUUCCGAUGAUAUUUCCCAAAAGUCCUUGAAAGAAUCGGCAAUGAUUCGUGACACUUUCCAAGAUGAAGCACUGCCUGGUUAUACAAUGUCCCCUAGUUAUCGUAGUUCAAAAACUGAAGAUAAAUUCGAUAAAACUUUGAAGCAGGAAAAUAAAACCGAAUUCUCAGAGACUAGUUCAUUGAAAACUGAUUACGAACAAAAGAUCAGUGCUAAAAAUCAAACUCACGAUUUGGAGAGUUCAAGUCAACAGUCAUCGAAUAGCAGUGCCAAGACAAAUUAUUACUCCGUGUCAAAUAGUAUAGCAGGAAAAAUGGACGAUGGAAAAGAACCAGUAAAAAAAUACGAACAUCGAUAUUAUACGAAGAGUUCUACAUGUGGUUACUUUACAUUCUCUUGUAAUGUCGUUUAUGGCUCGAAUGGAAGGACGAAAAUCUGCAAACCAAAAAUUCCAACAAAUCCAGACGGAACGCCAAUUAAAUGUUAAUGAAAAUAAUCAUAUAAUUUGAAUUUAUCAUUUUUUUCAUGACUAUUUUACUGAAGAAAAAAAAUACUAAUCUAUGAUGAAUUGUAAAAAAAUUACAAUUUAUUAUUAUGGCUUUAAAGUUUAACAUCAUGUUGAGUAAGCUCAUGUACUUAUAGAUUUUAGAAUAAAAUUUUUUCUAUAAAAAAAGAAAACAGUGUAAUUUCGAAAAUUAUGGCGCAUGACAAUUUUUAAAGUUCAGAACAAUUUAAAUCUUAGAAAAAUAUUUUUUAAAAUCAUUUGGGUUAAGGGAGAAUCUGAAAAACAACCGGAACAAAAGUUACUCCACUUCCAUUAUUUUGUAUUUUAAAUAAAAAGACAAUUUAUUUCUGACAAGUUGAAUUUUUUUUUAUUUUUAUAAAA